CCUCUUUUCACUACGUAUCAAUAGUAGACGACAGUAUUUACUUUCCACCACACGCGCCGGGGAGGCUGUAUGAAGAACAACUAGUUUGAGAACUUCAUGACGAUUUACAUAUUCGAUUUAUAAUGGAUGGAGAUCUGCUGUCUUUGUCAUCUUCCUCCUCGUUAUCAUCUUCAGCAGCAGAAGGAGAACCAACAGGAGGACAGAAAGAUGCUUCACCUAAAAGUGACAGCAGCCUUCCUCAGAGCCAACAGGAACCCAAAUCAGCUGAAGAAGAGUUAUGGGUGCAGGAGGAGAGUCCCGUGGCUGACAGGCUGCUGUCCACAGAGGAGCAGGUGACUCUGAUCACAGAGAGUCUGACAGUCACCUCGACUGACCAGGAAAAGCUGCUGCUGCUCAACAAGAACACUGAGCUCCGCAGAGUCAACAAGGAGCUGAUGAAGCUGAACGAGGACUGGGACCAGGUGUACCGCAGUGCCACGCUGCGUCUACAGCACAGGCUGGAGGCUUUGGAGCUGGAGAACAGCGCAAUCAAACAGCUAAACAACAGACUGCUCCUCAAAGUUGAACAUCAGCAGAGUGCAAAGGAGUACUAUGAGCAAGCAUUGAUACAGGAGCUAAAGAAGAACCAAGAGCUGCAAGAAUAUAUCAGGCUGCUGGAGAGCAGGUUGCACCACCCAGGGAGAGACUUCACACCUGCCAAACCGGGAAGCUUUACUACUGUGAUGCGAGGUCCAGCUCUGGGCCCCGGAAGUCAUCCUGACCUGUCUUGCGGCUCUGCGCAAAACCCUUCACCCUCCUUUUUCCCAGCUUCUACCAGCCCAGAGGCUGAGUAUCAGCGAAAAGGCCAGGCCAGCAGUUCCCCACUGGGAGUGCUGGAAAACUCCAAGCAAGAAGUGCAUGAUUUAAAAGAGCAGCUGGAGGCACUGAGAUGUCAGACUGAGAUAUAUGAGGCAGAAUAUCAGACAGAGCACAACGACCACAAGCACACGCUGCAGGAGAACCGAAGGCUGAGGAAGAAGAGAGAGGAGAUGCGCCAACAGGUGGCACUACUGCAAGAACAGCUUAAGAUAUAUGAGGAUGACUUCAGACGGGAGCGGUCGGACAAACAGAUGCUGCAGAGGCUGCUGUUACAGAAGACGUCUGAAAACAAAAACCCUGUGCUCAUCCACCGCUGUAAUAAUGAGCAGCAGCUGCUAGGGGGCGACAAGAGACCACAAAAUGGAGAGAAAAGGAAACAGCACCACCCACUCUGCCCAAAGCACCCAAACAGGGACAAAGAGUCAGUGUGACACUUAGAGGGACUCACAUCAGACUCACUAAAUGUGUCAGCAGCUCUCAAAGGAUCUUGAGUACUAAGUCUCGUCUGGAAAAGCAUCAUUAGACAAAGUAAAACUCUUCAUGUAAUUUUUUAAGCACUUCAGCACAAACAUUUGCCAGUGUGUACAUAACUCUCACUGCUGCAAGUUUGAAGUUUCCUUAUAGUGUAAAAAGAACAACCUUAUGAAAUAUUCCCUUCACAGUCGAAGAGAAACUGAAACAAAAAGAACAGAAAGAGAAGUAGGAGACCAGAACUGAGCGAGAAGAUGAGUGAACCAAAAACUGUAGUUUGAGCUAAACAAACACCUCACAGAUCCUCAGCUGACAGCUUCACUGUUUGUGCACGAAUGUGCUGGUUUGUGAAAGGAAGUAGUUACACACUGCUGUACGUAUGACAUCAUCACUUAGAACAAACAUAACCAGACAAGUUUCAGAAGAAGGUUCUUUCUUUUAUUUUUAAGGAAUAUUUUGAAACUAUAAUGACGUUGUUACUUAACAUGACAGUUUUCAGCUGUGCUAACUCGAUCACUUACCCACAUAACUUAACUUAUAACUUAAUAAUUUAGCAAUGCGGGACUGAUAUUGGUUGAAGAUGUGCCUGUGUAGAUAGUUUAGUCAAAAUCAGGCAUGAUUUAGGAGUGUAGUUCAUCACACUUGCAUCGUUUCAUGUUUCUGAUAAAGUGUAAAUAUGCUUUUAUUAGGAUUAACAUAUUUAAGUUGCCUUUUGAAUCUUUCACUUCAUUGCAACACUUUUGUGUAACCCUUUUUUGUAAAAGGUCAUUGAAUAUCUAUAAUGUUUAAUUAAACAUACAGAUAAUUAAUAUCACUAACAAUUAUAUUUUUAUUAGUUUGUGUAAUUAAAGAUUGUUUAAAUGGCAUAUGUUGUAUAUACCAUGGUGUUGGUGGUUUUGUAGUACAUUCAUGCUUUUACUGAUCAAUGAUCAUUCCUGACAUCUCACAAACACA